AUGGCCAAGUUUGGUGAUGUCGUGCAGCGGCGGCCGGGUGGCCUGUCAUGCCUCUUCCAAUAUGAUGGGCCUCUGUCGGAGGUCGACCCAGAGGUAGCCAAUAUUAUCAAGAAGGAGAAGUCGCGCCAGAACCGCGGCCUGGAGCUGAUUGCAUCGGAGAACUUCACGUCGCGCGCGGUGAUGCAGGCGCUGGGCAGCUGCAUGACCAACAAGUACAGCGAGGGGCGGCCCGCGGCGCGGUGA